AAUGAACAACCAAGCGAAGAUCCUCGGCAUCACUUUCGACACCAUGCACACUUUCGGGGCCCAUUGCAGAGACACUGCGAAGAAAUGCUCUCAACGCAACAACGCCCUGAAAGCGCUUGCCGGCACUGACUGGGGAAGCGACAAGGAAACACUCCUCAUGACCUACAAAGCCGUUGUUCGCUCUAAACUUGAGUACGGCGCCGCUGUGAUAACGCCCACACUCUCCGAAAGCAACAUCGAGAAACUACAGAAGGUCCAAAACAGCGCCCUGAGAACAAUCACCGGAUGCCACGCCAUGACUCACAUAGACCACCUUCACCAAGAAACAUCCGUUUUACCAGUUAGACGACACCUCAGAAUGCGAACGAUACAACAUCAUCUCGCCAACCACUUGCCAGAUCACCCAGGAAACCAACUCACGAAAGAACCCAAGAACCCACCAAGACUCAUGAAAGAAACCCUCCAAACACGAUAUGAAGAAAGAUACAUUGAACCUCUACUCGACAGCAAUAGACCUCUAACCGAAAAGAAGUACAGAAACCUGCUAAAAACGAUCCACACAAAUGAGGUACGCGACGCCUUACAAACCUACGAAUACCCAGCAGUCCUCGGACACAAUCCACCAAAAAUUGCCAAAGAAGAAACCGAAUUACCAAGAACAACAAGAAGAACACUGGCACAGCUCAGAUCCGGCUACUCAAAGUUCCUGAACUCGUACAUGAACAGAAUUGACCCGACAGUAAGCGAACUUUGCCCGGACUGCCAGCAAACAAGCCACACAACUAUACACCUGUUCGACUGCAUCGCAAAUCCUACGAACUUAACCCCAGCCGAUCUCUGGAAGCAACCGAAGAAGACAGCAAUAUUCCUGAAACUCCCCACAACCCUGGACCCAACAACGAGCGACGAAUAGAUCUCAGAAGGGCAACAACAACAA